AUGGCAGACCAUCAAAUUACUUGGUCACGACAAGCAAUUAUUUCUAACAUUUUGGCCAAAUGCAGCGACUUUAGUGACAUUGAGCUGCUAAGAUCAACUCUAGAGAACGUGUGUUGUUACCAAGAUGAUAUAAAUGAUAAUGUCUCUCGAAGAAAACAAGCAUUUGAAUUUCUCGAGUGGGCCAGAAAAAGAGAGCAUCUGAAGAUUAUCACUGCCGACAUUCCUGAUGGUGUGUUACCCACUGGUCAAAAGGGGGCACUUCAUGAUUUGCGCGUCUUCACCAAAAGAGGUCCUGAUGAUGCCAUCUAUGAUAGAAAUGCAGACAUUCGGGAAAAGGUUGCCCGUGGAAACUGCUUCCUAGAGAUAAAAGAUGGGCCGACUGCUGGAACCACUUGCAUAGUUUACGCUCUCAAAAAGUUCACAGGUGGGCUUGGAGAUGAUGAUGACCGAGACAAAGGCGAUAAUUUCACAUGGAAGAGAUAUUUCUCAAAGCCCUUAGAUGAGGCCAAGACUGUGAUAGCCACCAGAAAAGCCAAUGGUGAGGCUGCCCAUCUCAGUUGCAUUCGGCUGAAUGGUGAGCAUGUGAUAUGCGCUGGGUCCAAGAAUGUUCACAUGCUGUUGAGGAAAAAAGAUGAUGUAGAACUUUACACUGAGCCACGUUACCGAAUAGCCAAAGUUGUCGCCAGUACUGUGGUGGAAGCUUUGGACAGUAUGCCGGAAGAGGAGAAAAAUAGGUUACUUGACUUUCUCUGCCUGACUAAGUUCACUGCCACGUUUGAAAUCCUUUCGCCAAACAGCCAACACGUGGAGGAUCUGUCUUUUCUUGAAAGAUCUGAACUCCGUUUUAUCACUUGGACCAGUACUGAUGUCGAUCCAUCCUCAAAGUCUAAGCUUUGCUGUAUGUCACCCCAUGUGGCUAUAGAGAUUGCCAAAGCUCUUGGACUCCAUACUGUGCAGUAUGAAGUUCUGCCCAUAUCUGUAGUGGAUGACAGAAUGAAGCAGGUUCGUCUAGGCUAUGGGUAUGAGGGCGAAGUUCUAUACUUCCUUGAUUCUGACAAUGCUGUGAUUGGACUCCUCAAGAAAAAGACUAUAUGGUAUAUUUUGUGUAGAGCCAUAAGGGAAAAAGCUAAAGUUGCCGCAACUCAGUGGGUGAAGAGCUCAAGUACAUAUUCUGUGUCAAAGACCCUGCACAAGGUCGACAAAAGGAUUGAUGACAUUCAGAAAUGGCUAGGUCUGGAUGCAGAGGCAGUAAGGGCUUGGAAGGCCCUUGCUGAAAAAUAUAUACGGUGGUUAAUCCAUGAGCUUGAGGCUGGAGGGUUGAGUUCCUGUGAAGUUAUGGACAUGUUCCCACAAACAUGGAAGAGAUUUCUAUCUGAACGAAAUCAAAGUGACGAGAUCUCUGCCAACUGGUGUGAAAUGGAGGAUACAGCCACUGGAGGCGAAGGAGAAGUCGGUGUCUCAUCAUGAGUGUGAAAUGGUUAUUGCAGGCAGAUGUUUCGGGAAGUGUUAGAAAAACUGAUAAUUGUAGUCGAGGAGGCAGGAUUAUAACUGAGGGUGAAGCUUGAGGCAAGCUGUUGGCCGCAGUUGGUGGAGUCUAUCUCUAUCUAUACGCAUGCUAGAAGUUUUUGUUCACUAAAAAUCACAUAUCAUGCCAUUUUUUAUAUGAAUAAAUAGA